AUGACACCAAUAGAUUUUGCACGAAACAAUCUCUCUGGUGACGAUUUUAUCAAUUUAUUUUUGACUUCGCUAUCGUUAUGGCAUCGAGUACAAGGUGAUAAAGUAUUGUAUUUUCAAAUCGAUUCAGCUAUAUGUUCGAAUUCAUCGUAUAAAUUGACAGAUUUCCUACACUAUGAUUUCAUUGGUGCGCCAUGGAACAGUGGUGGUUGUUGCAAUGGUGGAUUUUCUAUACGAAGUCGAACGAAAACACUUCAAAUGCUACAAAGUGAUAAGGUUCAAUUUUAUUUAAAUCAAAUUAAUGAAGAUGGGUGGUAUUCAAUAAACUUACCCCGCUUUAAUGCUACUGUUGCUCCUGUUGCCGUUGCAAGAACGUUUGCAGUGGAAACUGUUUAUCAUCCUCAUCCAUUCGCUGUUCAUAAUCCUUAUAUUGAGACUAUUGGUAAAGCUAAUAUGGCUCGUUUAUGUAAUGAAUGUCCUGAAACUAGAACUGUUUCUUCUCAUUGUCAAUAA